AUGUCUUCACAAUAUUCAUCUAAUUUAGUUGUUACUAUGCAGUUAGUACAAACAUAUACAUGUCAAAUUGUUGGUUCAAUUUUGAUUUUCAUAGGUACUGUGGGUUGCAUAUUUAAUUUAAUCAUAUUUUCUAAGAAAACUCUACGAAAAAAUCCAUGUUCAAUUUAUUUUAUCGCAUAUAAUAUUGUAAAUUUACUCUAUAUUUACUGUAAUUUAUUAUAUACCGUAAUCAGUUUAGGAUAUAAUAUUGAUCCUGCUAUAUACAGCUUAAUUUUCUGUCGUUUACAUCUUUACGCCAGUCUUUUACUUCAUUGUUUAAAUCAAUAUUAUUUAAUUUUGGCUUCUAUUGAUCGUAUGUUUAUUACUUCACGUAAUGCUAAUAGACGACGUCGAAGUACUAAACGUCUUGCUUACAUAUGUAUUAUAAUAGGUACGAUAUUUUGGGCAUUAUUUCAUAGUCAUACAUUGAUUUUUACGUCUAUUAUACAAUUUGCUCCCUAUGUUUAUGUUUGUUAUUUUCAACCAGGUGCUGAAACUACUUUCGUAGCUUAUUAUACAAUUAUUACCGAAACUCUGGUUCUCGUAUUAAUGAUUACAUGUGGAUUAUGUUCACUUAAUAAUAUUCGAAAGAUACGCCGUAUUAGAGCUAUUAGUAAUGAAUCAGUAAAAAAUGUUCCGAAGAAUAAUUUGCGAUCGGCUUCUUCAAAAGAUCGACAAUUUGUUUUCAUGCUAAUUGUGGAUAUUAUUAUCUAUACAUUGUUCACUUUUGUACUUCCAGUCUUUCUCAUCUAUGGACAAAUAACACAAAAUGAUGUUAAAAGUUUUGAGCGAACACAAAUUGAAAAUAUCAUUAGAAAUUUAUGUCUUUUUAGUAUAACAAUUCCAUCUUGUCUUAGUUGUUAUGCAAAUUUCGCCAUAUCAAAAACAUUUCGGAACGAAAUUAAAACAAUUCUUUUAUGCAAAUAA